UGUAGCAGGGGCAGGAUUUCGAGUCCGGAGUUCACAGAAGUGAACUGCAUCGAUACCCCGCUCGAAUCUGCUAAGUUUGAACGGGCGGAAACACAGCGCAGUGAUGUUGUCUCGGGCGGCUCUGGGCUGCAAGCCCAAGUUCGGGUUCCGGUUCGGUUUCAGUUUCGGUUUUCGAGCGCGCGCUCGUGCACCCGAGACCGCCGUCCAGGAGCGGAACGCAUCCACUUCGGAGGGCUCCCUGAAGAAGACUGCACUGUUUGAUUUCCACAGGCAGCAUGGCGGGAAGAUGGUGGAGUUCGCUGGCUGGAGCAUGCCGGUGCAGUACAAGGAGAGUCACAUCGCCUCCCACAUGCACGCCCGCCAACACUGCUCCCUCUUUGACGUCAGCCACAUGCUUCAGACCAAGGUUCAUGGGAAGGACCGAGUGAAGUUCAUAGAGUCCCUGAUUGUGGGGGAUGUUGCUGAACUGAAGGACAAUCAGGGGACACUCUCGCUAUUCACAAAUGAGAAGGGAGGAAUAAUGGAUGACUUGAUAGUCACAAAGGCAUCCCAAGGAUAUCUCUAUGUUGUGUCCAACGCUGGGUGUGCAGACAAGGACUCGGCCCAUAUGAUGGCUAAAGUGAAGGAGCUCAAAGCUACAGGUUAUGAUGUCGACCUGGAGUUUCUUGAUGAAUCCCUAAUAGCACUCCAAGGUCCUUCCAUGGUUCGAGUUCUGCAGCCAGGUCUGUCCGAUGACCUCCGCAAGCUCCCCUUCAUGACCAGUACUUUGACAACAGUGUUUGGGAUCCAGGGGUGCCGAGUGACUCGCUGUGGGUACACAGGAGAAGAUGGAGUAGAGAUCUCAGUUCCUUGUUCGGGAGUGGUUCCGCUGGCAGAGCGACUAUUGAUGGACGACGAGGUGCGCCUGGCUGGGCUGGGUGCACGGGACAGUCUGAGACUAGAGGCAGGACUCUGUCUCUAUGGCAACGACAUUGAUGAGAACACCACCCCAGUGGAGGCCAGUCUUGUGUGGACUAUAGGGAAACGACGGCGCCAGACUAAAGAUUUCCCCGGUGCAGACAUCAUUGUCCCACAGAUUAAGGCAAAGCCUGGUAGAAAGCGUGUAGGCCUGGUGUCCACAGGACCCCCAGUUCGACAGCAUACCCCAAUCCUGAGUCCUAAUGGCAGAGUCAUAGGUGAGGUCACCAGCGGUUGCCCCUCUCCCUGCCUGAAGCAGAACGUCGCCAUGGGCUAUGUGGAGACUGGGUUCAGCAAGGUGGGCACACCAGUACAAGUGGAGGUGAGGAAGAAGAUGGUGGAUGCAGUUAUCAGCAAGAUGCCCUUUGUAACCACAAACUACUACAGUGGGCAGUGACGGUGUCUUUUUAUACUAGGAUAAUGGUGGUCAGCUUUACAGACCUUGGGUGAAUUCAUUGUGUCCACUUCAUUUCUACACACAUGCUGUCACUUCAAUCUGGUGGUGUUUCGAUUAUAAAAGAGGUGGGCGGGUGAAGUGUUCUCUCAUCAGAUGUCUGAGUCGCUGUUAGCUCAGGCAUCUAGGGAGGAAUAUUCCAUGGUGGAAAAAAUGACUUUAUUCCAGUUCCUUAAAAUGCUUUUCAUUGCCAUUUGAAUACGUGUUAAACAAUGCAACUUUUUUGACAUCAGCAUUUCUUCAUGAAGAGGUACAAUAUCUGAGGGCCUGAAAUGAUCAAAUAUACUUUUUCACAGCUGGAUAGUCUUGUUCAACAAUGUAACAAUCUCUGAAAAAUUUUUGUCACUUUUUGAAUAAGAAGCAUGGUUUAGCACUGAGGAGCACAUAGAUACUACUUUUUAUGAUUAAUACCUUUUCUCCUAUAAAGGUUAGAAUUGUGGGCAAGAUAACAGAAUGUAGAAAAGGUGUCUCUUGGUACUAUACUGCAGUUAUGCAAAUAUUUAAAGGUUGGUAAAAACUUCGAAGACUUGUCUUUUUUUUUUUUUUUAGCUGUAAAAUAGUUUGUCUAAUUUAGAGUUGGGUAGGCUCCGGUUCCCCGUGACCCCGUAUGGGAC